AUGCCCGUUCCCAUGACGGGCGCCGCUGGAGCCAUGGCCCCCCCCGCGCACAUGGCCAUCGACCGCCCGCCUGCUCCCGACGAGAUCCCCGAGAGGUUCAAGUUUCCCCGCCAGGACAUGAGAUGGGAGCCUCCCACCUUUGUCAAAGACUUGCCUCUGGCGGAGAAGAACUUUUGCACAAAGGUCACCGACAUCAUCUGCCAGGCUGUUGGUCUCGAGUUUUUUGACCGUCUUGCCUGCGCCUGGGCCAUCAUCCACCACAUGAUCGACGUCAGCUAUGAGAAGCUGGUCUCGAAACUGCUCAUCGAACUAGCCGCCUCGCUCGAUCUCACCUAUGAUGACGGCAUCCAUCAUCGACUUGCCGAGUUGAUGAAGGAGAUCCGUACGCCGCGCUACGUUGAGCUCCAGUCCAACGGCGAGCCGCCCGUGCAGGAAAUGCUCGGAUCGCAGGUGGAGCUCAUCGACUUGGCCGGGAUCAUGGCUGUCAACAUUCACGUCAUGAGCAGCACCAUCCGGUCGGGCCCGAGCCUGCUCUGCGCCUCAGUGUCCACCAGCUCGAACGCGCUCUGGCUCAAGAAAAGUCGUUCCCGCCGCGCUGAGUGCCGGUACUACAUGGAUCAGCUGACCAACGAGAAGACUCGGACCAUCAAGGACAAUCCCGUUUACCGCCACCACAACGCGGUCACCGAGCUCAUCGCCGGCGCCGGAUGGGACGUGGAUCCGCACCUGAACGCCGAAGGCCUGGAGAACAACCUGAUCAAGCUUGUGAGCCUGACAGGCCACUACAAGACCAUGAUUCUCGACCAGCAGCACCGCGCAACCGUCAAGAGUGCCGAGCGAGCCAAACGGCACGAGAGCUGGCAGCAGCAAAUCGGCGGCGCCAUCACCCAUCCCACGGCGUCGACGGCCAGCGCGCUCUCGGGCCCCAGGGCGCGGAAUCCUCUCGACAACCUGACGGCGCUCAAGAUGCAGCAGGACAUAGCCGAGGACAGGGUCAUGCUCUACAACGACCUGUUCAAACGCCAUGAAUUCCUGUGCCAGCGCGACCAGCAUACAGCCCUCAUCCUGCUGCGCCUUCCCCAGGUGCUCCAGAUCAGCGGCCGCACCUUUUCGCUGAGCGCCCUCUUGGAGGGCAUCCCGAAGCGGGAAGACCUGCCGGCCUGCACCCUCGGCAUGGGCUGCACGCUGGGACAGACGCACUGCGAGAUGCAAUUCCGAGCUCUUCCAGCCCAGCUCAGCAACCCCAUCGACGCCCACCUCAACCCAGCUGCUGGUGUCUUUGUUCCAGGCUCGGGAGCUGUGCGUGGUGCUGAUGCUGAUGCCGGUGUUGCUGGUUCGAAUGCGGAUGCUGCCAACAGUGGCACGGGUCCUGCCUCUGCGUCGACCAAGCGCCAGCACCCUGGAGAUUCUGAGCAGGACCAGGAACCGAAUCAGAGGGUUCGGCUCGCCAAGGAGUGA